CGAAGGGCGGAGCCUGAGUGCGCCUGCGCAGUGCGCGCUACUCAGGAAGGCGGAGGCGACGCGCAGGAGGGAAGAUGGAAGACUACCAGGCUGCGGAGGAGACUGCUUUUGUUGUCGAUGAAGUGAGCAACAUUGUAAAAGAGGCUAUAGAGAGCGCGAUCGGUGGCAAUGCCUACCAGCACAGCAAAGUGAAUCAGUGGACCACAAACGUAGUAGAACAAACUUUAAGCCAACUCACCAAGCUGGGAAAGCCAUUUAAGUACAUCGUGACCUGUGUGAUUAUGCAGAAGAACGGAGCGGGGCUGCACACGGCGAGUUCCUGCUUCUGGGACAGCUCUACGGACGGCAGCUGCACCGUGCGGUGGGAGAACAAGACCAUGUACUGCAUCGUCAGCGCCUUCGGGCUGUCCAUCUGAGGCUCGCCGGCCUCCGCCCGUGCCUGCGCGCGCCGCCUCUCCCCACGGCCGCGGGCUCCGGCCAGCACCUUCCUCCUCUCUCUCGUGGCGCUCACGGCGUCAAGGACAGCCAGGUGACUGCCCUGUUCUGUGAACGGCAUAGCCAAGUCCGAGGACUGUCAUCCUGGGUGCUCAGGCCUCUGCUGCCACUCUCUUAACUCUGAAUAUUUCUUUUCCAAAGGUGCUAAAAACUGCAAUCUGCUAGUUUGAAACUUUCUCUCUCUCAGAUACACUAAUUUUCCAUACUUUGUACUUUGGUUAGAAUAAUAAAUUAUUCCACUUUGAA